AUGCUGUUUACUCUACUCGCUCUCGUCACCCAGGUCACCGCCGCACCCGCCCCAGCAGACGCAUGUGCGGACGUGACCGUAGCCCUCGGCCACCUCCUCCCCAUCUUGGACGACCACAAUGCCACAUCUUUCGGCGCAGCCCUCACCACUGCGACUGAGUCGGCUGAGGGUUGUGGCUCGUUACAUGUGCUCGUUACCGGCGCCACUCUCUUCGCGCCGGCGGGCGAGUUUGACGGCGAUGUUUUGGAUUAUCGACUGGCCCACGGCGAUAUCAUCGUCUGGGCCACAGACUCGACCUCUUACGUUUCCCUAUUGAAUACCACGUACACAAUAACAACCGCCGACAUCUCACUCGAGUCUUCCCUCACGGCUGUCCACAUUCUGUCCACUGUCCCCGAUACAGACCUCGAUGACCCCACGCACGGGCACGCUUCCUUCGGUGGCGGGAGCCGGGGUGGUGGCAGCUCCAGCUCAAGUGGAAACCGCGGUAGCGGCUCGGGCUACCGUGGCAGCGGGUACGUGCCGUACCACUCGUACGGUAGCGGUGCAUCUGUCCGCGCCAGUGUCGGCCUGUACUAA